AUGUCGUUAAGUUCUCAAGCGAGUGGUGAAGCAGUGGACGUAUGUUACGACGGUCCAAAAGACGGUUCACAGGAUGAGGAUGGAACAGCAUUAGGACAAUAUUAUGCCUGGUUGCGAAAUCGCCGUUUGGAAAGUAAUGCCACGACUUUUCUUAACCUAGUUCGCGUGAACUUUGCUAUUGAGUGCAUUCUGGAGUGUGCACAGGAUAAAACAAGAUCUUGUAGAUCUGUUAACUACAAAAUAUCCUCAACUUCUGAAGGAGAACUAAAUUGUGAAUUACUCAAUGUCGAAGAAACAGAAGAAAAUUUAAAGAAGAACGAGAGUUAUGAGUACUACGUUGUCCACAACAAUAGAGAAGCGGCUCAUAAUCCUCCAUCAAGUCUCAAGCCUUCAACAACACAAAAAACAGACCGGUGUCCGUCAACUACCUGGAAAAGUUUUGGCAACUGCUGUUAUCAUAACAAUUCUAAUGACCUAACCUCACCGAGAGCGGGCAAUCAUUGUGAGAGCAUUGGCGGGCACCUCGUCACAAUUACGGGAGCUGAUCUCAAUGAUUUUCUUGUUCAGACAUACUUAAGCCAGACAGGAACGGUUUGGAUAGGCUUGAAGAAAUGUGGGAAGAGUUGUUGCUAUCCAGAUAGAAAUGUAGCGAACUACACGAACUGGGCGAAUGAAGAACCUAAUAAUGUAGGAGGGGCUGAAUCCUGCGUCCAGAUGUACAAAGAUGGGCAAUGGAAUGAUAAUAAAUGUGAACGCAAAUUCUCGUCAAUAUGCGAAAUCUGUAUGUAA